AUGAUGUCAAGCGAGGGAGCGCCAGCGACAAGCAACUUAGAUGGGAAGAGAAAAAUGCGGGUAAAACUGGAAUACAAAGAGAGGAAAUCGGGGUCGUGGAAGAAAGGGUCCACGAAGAGAGUUCAAUUUCAAUCCGAGAACAAAUUUUAAGUCAAAAGGGAGAGGUGGAAAGAUAG